AAGGGAAGUCCCGCCUCUGCCGCCCGGGGGACGCAGCCGACUGCGCCGCCGCCGCCAAAUACCUGGCCGUGUCCCGGAGGGGAGGGCAGAUCUGAUUCCGGAGCUGCCAUGAUUGAAGUGGUAGCAGAGCUAAGCCGGGGUCCUGUAUUUUUGGCUGGGGAGGCGCUGGAAUGUGUGGUGACCGUCACCAACCCCCUUCCCCCCACGGCCACUUCUGCAUCCAGUGAGGCCCUGGCCUGGGCCAGUGCCCAAAUCCACUGUCAGUUCCAUGCCAGUGAGAGUCGAGUAGCACUGCCUCCCCCUGACUCUAGUCAGCCAGAUGUCCAGCCUGACAGCCAGACUGUCUUUCUGCCACACCGAGGUGAGAGGGGUCAGUGUAUUCUUUCUACUCCACCAAAAAUUCUAUUCUGUGACCUGAGGCUAGACCCUGGAGAGUCCAAAUCAUACUCCUACAGUGAAGUGCUGCCCAUAGAGGGACCACCCUCCUUUCGGGGUCAGUCAGUCAAGUACGUCUACAAACUGACCAUUGGCUGCCAGCGUGUCAACUCCCCCAUCACUUUACUCAGAGUCCCUCUGAGGGUUCUUGUGCUGACUGGCCUUCAGGAUGUCCGAUUUCCCCAGGAUGAGGCUGUUGCCCCAUCCAGUCCAUUCUUGGAGGAGGAUGAAGGUGGGAAGAAGGAUUCAUGGCUAGCCGAGCUGGCUGGGGAGCGCCUAAUGGCUGCCACAUCCUGCCGCAGCCUCCAUCUAUACAAUAUCAGUGAUGGCCGAGGGAAAGUUGGGACAUUUGGCAUCUUCAAAUCUGUGUACAGACUUGGUGAAGAUGUGGUGGGGACCUUAAACUUAGGGGAAGGAACCGUAGCUUGUUUGCAGUUUUCAGUAAGCUUACAGACCGAGGAGCGUGUACAGCCUGAGUACCAGCGGCGACGUGGGGCAGGGGGUGUCCCCUCUGUGUCGCAUGUGACUCACGCCCGGCACCAGGAAUCCUGCCUACAUACAACCAGAACCAGCUUCUCCCUCCCAAUCCCUCUCAGCUCCACCCCAGGCUUCUGCACGGCCAUUGUGUCCUUGAAGUGGAGAUUGCAUUUUGAAUUUGUAACAUCCCGAGAACCAGGAUUGGUACUUCUUCCCCCUGUGGAACAGCCUGAACCUGCCACCUGGACAGGUCCUGAGCAAGUACCUGUAGACACCUUCAGCUGGGACCUCCCCAUCAAGGUGCUGCCUACCAGCCCCACCCUGGCCUCAUAUGCUGCCCCAGGCCCCAGCACAAGCACCAUAACCAUCUGAAACUGGCCCAUCCUGGUGCUAGUUCCUUCCGGAUACUGAGAACUCAGCACCUGGACUCUAGUGGGAACCACUUUUUCCACCUGAGGUCCAAUGGCGCGGACAAUGAGAGUCAGCCUUUCAGCCAUAGCAUUAAUUUAUUUAUUCAGAAUACAUUGGCAGCUGCUAGUGGUUUCCCUGGAAGUGGCAGCAGCAGUGAGCAGUCAGCAGAUGGGUGAUCAGUUGAGUUUAGCUGGAGUGGGGAGCAGGAGCCCCAGGAACAGGGGUGUUGGCUGAGCCCCACUCUGGGUCAGGCCCUCCCCCUUUGCAGGGUAGCCGAGGGUCAGAUUUUUGCACCAACGAGAACUGGCAAGUUCCUGCCUCCUGACGUACCUCACACCCAGCCGGGAAGUCAAUGGGAUGCUGGGACCUGAGGAACCAAGGAUGAGGGAAGGAGUCAGCACAGUGAAAGGCUGCCUUUAUCCCUGCCCACGUUCCCUCUCUCACAGCUUUCCCCCGAGAGUCUCCUUGAGUGGCCUCUUGGUCCUCCUAACUAAGCUCUCACCUACCAUAUGUAGGCUUUUUUGUUAUAUAACAGGAGUAUUUUUUCUCCAGGUCCAACCCAACCUCCCCCGAUUUAUAGCCUAAAGCCUAUCUUUCACACUAGUCUUGGUCCCUUCAGGGUCAGCCCACCUCGUACUGCUCUUCUGUUCAUUCUUACAUCACAGCAAUCCAGUCACUCCCUGUUCAUCCCUUAGUCACUCAAAUCAGAGUCAUUCUCUGGUCAUCUUUAGUCACUCACGUGUCACAGCAGCCCACACCGACAGGAUGCAGACAGGUGCAAUGGAAACAGUCCUUGCGGAGCCAAGACUCACCCAGGGUGAAAUAUUUCCCCUCAUAGUGACAGGGGGCUAGGGAAGAAAGGGAAAUGUUAGUGGGUGUAGGAGUGCUGAUGAGAGGCAGAGUCUCUUCUGGUCUUGGGUGGAGAAAAUAAUUAUGUACUAUC